GUCAUCGCAGAAUUUCUAUUAUUCUUGUACAAUCCCAAGGGCAGCAUGUACAUAUCCAUAGUAUUUACUGCAAGUGGUUUCCCCUUCUCAUUCUUGGCAGUUGUCUCUAACUCCUGUUGUCGAACUGAUCGGGAAGCUUCAGAUUGGAUGACCCCAGGAGGAUUAACGAAGGUGCUUUCCAACUCUUUGGUUAGAACGAGGGAGCGCACAAACUUGUCGAAUUUUUCUAUGAUGCCAGAGUGCCGAAGAAUCAGAGUCAUUACAAACAGAAGGCUACUGAGUCUCUUCUGUUGUCAAGACCAGUCAAGCCUGUCCCCUGUAAUAUCAGGGAUAUCUACAAACCUUUCUUAGCCAGCUCUCUUGCUGCCACCGGUCGUCUAUCCAUAAGGCCACCACUGCCAUCCCUGCCAGUAUCACACUCCGAGUCCAGGUCGACAUCUUCAGCGAGUCUCUCUUCCGACACAGAGUUCAUAGUGGGAUCUUC